UGCACACCGAAGAAAAACCGUACGAUUGUCCGGCGUGUGGCAUGAUGUUCGGUUCGCCAGCAUCGGUGACCCGGCACAAGAAGACCUGUCCGAAAAUCAUCCUGGACCAGCAAGACUGAGCAGUCGGGUUCGUAUCAUGUUGGCAUCGAAUUUUCAUUCUCGCGUUGAUAACAGAACGCGAAGAUCAGUUGCAAUCCAGUAUCAAAACAAAUCGCAAGCCGAACAAUCGCGCCCACAAACCAUGUCCCGCUGCGUCGUGCCAGGCUGUUUGAAUCUGCUCCAGGAGUGGACCACCGAGUUUCCGCGAGUGGAGCAGCUCGUCAACCGUUGGCGGGAAGCCAUCCAAGUAGGCACCGGUCAAACGCCUGCGGUGCAUUCCGAUGCGCGAAUCUGCAAGGCGCAUUUCGCCAUACCAUCCCUGCUGGGAGACGAAGACGAUGAUGAGUACGAUGACGAUGCGGAUAGACCCAAGUCCAGCCGGACCGCCGCCAGUCGGGAUAAAUAUCAGGAACCGAGACUUUUCUUCCGGGACAACACCCUCACACAGGUUGCCGAGUGUAAACUUUGCCUUCGCUUCGGCAUAGUAGAUGAAAUGUACAAACCAACGGAAACUAUUGGCGGAAAAGAAACGCUACAUAAAUUGGCGCAAAAAUAUUUUAAUCAACCGGAUCAGAAAAACCAAUCCAAAGCCGUGAAAGGAUACUUUUGUGAGGGCUGCGUCGUUCAUAUCGAUAUGGUGCAUUGCUUCUGGUUGAGGAACCAUCUUGCCUGGAAAACUUACAGAAAGGUCCGCGAAUUGAUGACAUCGGAAAAUGUGACUUUUCGUAGCACCGGUACCAGAUUGAAAAGAAACCGGACUGCUCUGGUAGUGCUCGAUUCACCACCUCCUGCAAAAAGUCCCUUGGAAGAGACCAACGGUGUUGAUGAAAAUGAUGUAAUCAAAAUCGAUGAUGACUCAAAUGAGGCGAGCACCGAUGUGGACCAACUGGAAGUUACCAUCGUCAAGGAAGAAACGCAACUGACUGAAUCAUACUUAUGGGAAUCGAUUCCGACGCUGCCACCGGCCGAAGAAAUUUCCGUAAAGUGUUUCAUAUGCGAUGGACUGUUCGAAAACCGUCAGAUUCUGACCGAUCAUAUUGCCGAAAGCCACAACAGAUGCAGGCGGGUUUGUAACAUUUGUAAUGAUGAGUUUCGCUCGGCACUCAGCUACAACGAUCACAUGUACACUCAUAAUAUGUUCCAAUGCAAUCACUGUCCGCUGCAGUUCCACCAUCGAAGGGACGUGGUAUUCCACGAGAUAACACAACACAUAGGGGAAAGGGUGCUGAAAGCGUGCGAUAUCUGCGGGAAGCUGUUCCGGUGUCGCGAUGUGUUGAAUGCGCAUAGGAAUGAACAUUUUCAGACGUAACACAUAUAUGCUGAGCGUACCAGUUUUAAGUUGAAGUAACGCACCAUGAAAUUUUCUGGAGAUGAACCGAUUAGGAAUAUACGAAAUUUUAAUCCAGUAUUUUGCGCUCGGUAAUGGCGGCCGAAUGAGUGCCUUUUUGACAUUCAAGAGGUAGAAAAUAUUUACAUAUUUUAAUCAAUGUAGGCCUUGAUUCAUUGCAAAACAUUGGCACUCAUCUGUUAUCAACAAAUAUAAUAUGUCAAAUAUGUUCCAUUGUAUUAUUCAAGUAAUUGGUAAUUCUCCUAUGGAUUUUUGUUAAUAAUUUAUUUUAUUUUCUAGCAUAACUGCAACUUCUAGAACGGAGGGCUCGAUCGGUAAUUCACUGGCGCCGGUUUAUGUUACUAGCCGCGGGGCUUUGUAAGCAUCGGGGCCUGUAGACCGCAAAUGGGAAGAACAAAGGUUCCCUGUAAUGGCAUCUAUUUGCGAUCCCAAUGAUGGCCGUAUCAAUGUUAGGAAGGGUUUGAUAAACACGUUCAGCCGGGGCUCGCGGCAGCAGGUUUAAUAAUUCCGGAGUGCAUAUGAUUACGACCCUGGAGGCGGUUCAGAUCGUGGACCUCGGGGGGCUCCGUUUGAUGGACCAACGUAGCUAGAUACACCAUUCAGAGGCACGUGAAUGACUACGGAAUGGCAACCUCGAAUACGCGGACCAUUAUGACCGUUCACCUGCACUUCAGCUGCGUGAAUAAACUUGAGGCUAGUUUGACCACAAUAGUUCCGAUUCGGAACUUCUGAAACUUUCCGGUUGGACAUUUGGAAAAAUAAAACUCAAUUCAAUCGUCACCGAAAUGUGCUUUUCUAGGUUAAAAAUGCCCAUUCUACUGUUUUGAUGCUUCUCGAUUCGCAAGUUCACAUCAACUGCCACACCAAGCUUUCACAAACAACUUCCCGCCCAAACCAACAAUUGCUUUCCACUUCUUGCAUCCUUGAACUGGAUCAAUAGUUCUCGUCACCCACUCGGCAACCAAAUAUGUAAUGUAAUCGAACAUGGUGCGCCUCGCGCAUAUAUCGACUGAACCAUGCGCAUCAAUAUAAAACAAUCGUUGGAGUUCGUAAAUCAACUUCACAAUAUGAUAUCUGUUUGGAAUAGUCAAGGACCUUCCCAACGUAUUCUUUACUUCACCUUUUUCAAACUUGCCAGUUUAACCAACAAUUAGUUGAAACUUCUUAACAAUACUCUAUUUUGCCGUAAUAAUGAUUUGUUUGUUACCCGCCGUAAUCAUAAAUUAUUUGUUACCCGCCUGUAACAAUCCAGUGGUGCCAAGUUGAUCAAGAUGGAAGUGGAUAAGCAUGGGAAAUACAGGGAAAUGCUAGAGGUGUCUGUCUAAGUCAGCCCCGUGGCAACAGAUGCUUCUCAGCGUAGCGAACAUCUUCAUGAAUAUGUCCAGCAUACAUUUUGAAAAGUACUUCUCCCGAAUCGUGCCUUUACAAGCAACUGGAUUUUAUCCAAAAUAUUGUUGGCUACACUUUUUCAAUUUGCUCAAAAAUAAUACCAGCUAUUAUGGGCAUGUAAUCAUGAUCCUAAAACAUCUUUCAGCACACCAUUUAUUUCAUUUAAAUUUCACUAAUGAAUGUUGUUCGAUUUGCAUCCCCGGACCAUUUCAACUGUGAUGCUCACCACAGUAUAAACAAUAAUAAUAUCUUUUGUUUGAUUCGGAGCGGGAGAACAAGUUACAAAAUAUGAUUUCGUGUAGCGUUUGAUUUCACCUCUAGAUUCCCUCCAAUUCGUAAGUUUAUUAUAUUUUAUCAUCAAAUAACAUAAUUCCCAUGGUCAAAGAUGUAAAUCUUGCAAAUUAUUUUGAAAACAAUUUUCAGAUUUACCCAAAACAAAUAGUAAACAAAAAACAUGAUGUUUAUUUUCGUACAACAACAACGGACGGUAAUGAGCUACCGUCCGUGGACAUGGUGGCUAUUGUCAAACCCCUUGUGAUAGUAUAGGACGCCAGGGGGGUGGUCUAAGUCAUCUAAGUACAUGCAAAUCAGUGACCAUAAUGUUCAAAAGUCCUCUUAAAGUAUUGCUUGAUUUCAGUAAGUCGAGCGUAAUGAAUCCAUUCCUGGCUAUCGUCUCACCCAUGUGUCUGGGUGCAGAUUUCGUUUCCCUUAAAAGCACUGAUUAUAAAAAUUAUACAUUAUUCUGUUUCUUCUACUAUUCCUAGAAAAAAACAAUAAAAUUAUUUAAAAAAAAGGAUGAUGAAAGUUCAAACCCAUGUGUAACGUGAAGGAAAUAUUUGACAAUUCGUUUGUUUGUUGAUACCGGGUGAGUGCCAAUGUUUUUCAAUGAGUCAAGGCCUGCAUUGAUUGAAAUAUGUAAAUAUUUUCUACCUCCUGAAUGUCAAAAAGGCACUCACCAGGCCGCCAUUAUCGAGCGCAAAAUACUGGAUACACAUCCGGAAUGAUUUACGUCUGAGUAUUUGUCAUCUACAGCUAACUAUCAAUGUUGAUAAGCGGAGACGGAGUACUUCGUAAAUUCAGGAUCUCUGAAGAACUACCACCAGCCAGUGGAAAUAACUGGUAAGUAAUAUGGGCAAAUGUGGUUAUGGGUUCCUUUAUCUAUUUGCUUUUCAUUGCUUGUUAUUUUGUGAAUAAUCAUGGAUCAUCACAUUUGAAUCUUUGAUUUGUUUAUUAAAUGUUGUUGCUUAUUAAAAACACUUCACACCACCUGGGAUGCAUUCGUGUUGGUGUGUUCACGGUCACUAAGUAUGGGGCCGUGGACUAAUUACGGCUUAUGGGGGAUUGGGGUCUAACAUUUUCUUAACUUCUUUACGCCAUUUGGCAUCAACAUUAUGAUGUCUGUGUUUGGAAUUCAUUUAGGGUUAUUGAAUUUAUCCUAUUUAUUGCCUACUAUCAGGCUAUAACACUUUUAAGAUAUUUUGAUGUUUCAAUUUGAUUUAUUUCGCUGACUUCCUCGUAAUUAGCCGAACAUGAUUAAUCUAUGCAGAGUUUUCGCCAUUUGCAAAGUCGAAACAAAUUUCUUCGUUUCUUCGAAUGGCGGCCAUGUUUCACUUAAACUUUGACAGCUAGUAAUGAAGUUUUCCACAGGAACGAAGAUCAGCAAUAAUUAUUAGUUUCAACCUCGCGAAUAAUUAAAUACAAAUUUAUCAGUGAGUCAUUUUUUUCAUGGUCUUAAAUAUGUUUAUUUAGACGAUCCCCACCAGUGCGUAAAUAAAGCCAAAAUAGCAACCUCUAUCAUGACGCGAACUCGCACCGGUCGUUGGUAAACGGGUUUGGGAAAUGUAAACGCAUAACCUUCGGUGAAUAGCGAGUUGGCAAAUUUGGCGACCCGCUCCAACCGUUGCCAAACCAUCACACGGAAAUAAAGAGUAACGCAUAAAUAAAAAAUGUGCCGCCUUCUGAAAAAUUGUUCGGUUAUUCAUCAUCAAAAUCUUUGUGAUUGAGGUCUGUUUAGUUUGGAUUUCAACUGAUUGGCGGCGCUAGUGCAUAUGAAUAACCUGAUAGCGCAGAUAUCACGAAAUCUGGAAUUUUUAGAAUAUUGGCGUCUUCUACAAAGUUGUUCGGGAGGUCAAAACCAUUAUGACGAAAGCAAGUUUAAUUUGAAAUACAACCGCUUGGCGGCGCUAGUAAAUUGGAAAUAACCUAAAAGGUUAGAUAUUUCGAUAGUUGAAAUCUUAAGAAUAUUGCCGUCUUCUACAAAGUUUUUCGGAUGAUUAAAGCCAUCAUGACGAAAGGAAGUUUAGUUAAUAAUACAACCGCUUGGCGGCGCUAGUGUAUUGGAAAUAACCUGAUAGGUCAGGUAUCUCAAAAUAUGUAAUUUUUAGAAUAUUGCCGCCUUCAACAAAGUUGUUCGGGUGGUCAAAACCAUUAUGACCAACGCAGGUUUAGAUUAAGAUAUAACCGCUUGGUGGCGCUAGUGUAAUGGAAGUGGAUGGAAGAAAUAACCUGCUAGGUUAGAUAUUUUUAGAAUAUUGAAAUUUUUAGAAUAUUGCCGUAUUCCACAAAGUUGUUCGGGUGGUGAAAACCAUCAUGAUGCAAGCAAUUUUAGUUUUAAACACAAUCGCUUAGUGGCGCUAGUGUAUAAGAAAUAAACUGAUAGGGUAAAUAUCUCAAAAUCUGGAAUUUUCAGAAUAUUGCCGUAUUCUACAAAGUAACUUGCCAUAAGACGAGUUCGUACAAUUCCAUUUAAUUCCACCACUUGGUUGUACUUUUGACAGAUACUUAUUUCGACUUCUGCAGUAAGGCCAUCUUCAGUGUCUCGCACUUGACUCGAUUCGACUCAACUCGAGCGCCAACGAGUAUUGCGGUUUCAAACUAAACUUCUGGUUUUAACUACCCUUUUAAAUCUUACAUAAUAACCAACCUAACAGCACAGACAAACAGACAUAACACAUUGAACAUUCAAUCACAAAAUUAAUCGUCAUAUAAACACUAACGACAUCUGUUGAUUUCAGUUAGUUGGGCAAAUCACAAACCAGAUGGCGGUAAUGAGCAUAUGUCAAACUCGAGCAAAUCCGAUGCGCGCCCCACUAGUGACCGAUUGGCCAACUAAUGAUUAUUUGAAUUGACCAGAAAAUCAGUAAACGAUGGAAAUUUGACGAGUGUUAUGUCUGUUUGUCUGUGCUAACAGAUAAUUCGGAUAACUUUGUAGAAGAUGGCCACUUUCUAACUCUAACGGAUUGAGAAAUAUUUAACCUAACAGGUUAUUUCUUAUACACCAGCGCCGCUAUGCGUAUGAAUUCCAAACUAAACUAGUCUCCAUCAUAAAUGUUAUGGCUACCCGAACAACUUUGUAGAAGACAAAAUCUUUCCAAGUCUUAUAGAUCUCGAGAUAUAGAUCUCCACCUCACUAAAUUAUUGCAUAUAAGCUAGCGCCAUAUGUGUGUCUAGCUAAUUUGAUAAUCACAAAAUGCAUUACGCACAUAUUUAUAUUGAAAAAGAUGGAGCGCGUUCUGAAAGAUUUGAAAAUAAAUAAUAUUUUUUUCCUGAUUUUAUUUAUUUCCGUGUUUGCCUCAAUAGCAACCGGAUAUUCACCACCGGUGCGAAGCAUGAUUGCACUUCAACAACCUUGAUAGAAACAACCGGUGCGAGAACAAGUGCAUAAAUAAAAUAUGAACGCAUUUCGUUCCUAUACUAGACACUCAUUUGGAUACACAUCGGUGGGGAUCGUCUUAACGAAACAAACACACAAAUGGGCAGACAGACGUUGAAUUCGUUGAAGGAAAUCGAAUAUUUUUUAAAUAAUACGAGGCAAUGUUAUUCUACGAUAAAGGACGUCCCACAUUUUCACUACUCGUACUAGUCCAUUUAAUUUAUAUCGCAGAUUCUUCGAAAUUUUUCAUAUUUGUCAGCUUAAAUACUGCCUUGUUGUAGUUGUCCCAUUGCGCAUUUGUCCAAAUAAGUUAUUUCUCUAUCAGACAUUGUUCAUCAUUUGCCAGCAAUCCAUUCUAGGGUUUAAAUCCAUUGAUGGAUACAUGUGGUGACCGCUAUGGCAGCGAGAAAGAUAUCACCUCUGAAUGACUGUUACGGUUUAUUUUAUCUUACCUGUAAGCGACAAAUGUUUGAAUGGAAUUGUGUGCGUACCACUUCUCAAUGUUCUGUGUUUGGGCCUGUAGAUAGGCAAUAAAAACUACAAAUAGGCAAAAUUCCCAGACACAGACUUUAUAUUGCUGGUCGCACAUGGCACAGAUUAACUAAAGGGUGCCCAAAUAGGAAAGGGUGCCCUACACGAAAUUGAGCUAUGAAUACAACUAAUUGGCUGUUGUAGACAAAAUGCAAAACGCAAUGAAAACACAUUUGCGGGAUUUUUGACUGAUGGACCAAAAUCGUAUGUAUAAGGAAACCUCGUCAUAUCUCGCAAUGGGUAGCACAUUGAACGUUUCUCUCGGGGCACAGAGAGGUCGACAGUUAUUUUAAUUCGUUGAAUGUGUUGUUAAGUGUUUAUUUUUGUAUGUUUGUAAAAUAAUUUUAUUGUAAUAUGACAUGGAACAACUAUGUUUGGAACGGUAGUAUACUGCUCGAGAAAUUUCUGCAGUGGAAUAAUUACUCUUUCAGUCUUUUGUAAAUAAGAUCUCCGAAUCACCUGUUAAGAAAGGAGUCAAGAACUCGCUGAAUGACGUGAUGAAGGUCUGAAAUACUUUACGAAUUCUAUCAGAGUGGCUCUGCAAACCGAGCAUGAGUAUUAUGACCGUACGAUUCGAGAGUGGCAACUAGAUAAAAUUUCCAUAAAGAAUUAGAAAUUUUCCAUACAAAAACCAGAAAAUUUGCAACAAAGAAAUCAUGGUCCAAGCAAAAAAAAAUACAAAAAUUUCCAUAAACAAUAAAUAAUUUUCCAUGAAACAGAAAUAUAUUAAGCACUUUUUAAAGCAAAAACUGCAAUUGAGGGGGUCAAACGCAAAGGGGUGUAAGUGACAAAAAUUUAGUUUUGAGAAAAAUGAGUGCAAAGUUUAUCAUUUUUUUUUCGUUUCAUACAAAUAGUAUGGAAGAUCAAAAAUUUACUAAUUUUCUGUGAAUUCUCACAUUUUUUAUGAACAACGUACAAACUACAUCAAUAUAUUGCCGCAAAGCUUUAGAACCCAAGCAUUUUUUAUUGUAGUCAACUCAAUUUUGAUCAAUAUGUCAUUUACACUCUGCUUCUAAGGCCCGUAGUACACUGUUUGUCACAAUGACAAAUAUUUGUCAAGUUUAUCCGGACAUUUAUCAGACUGAUUAGAAAUCGACAUGGAUAUCAGGCUGACUUGACAAAUAUUUGUCAUCAUAACAAACAGUGUACUA